GAUCACGUGACGCGAGUUUAUGAAGAUGGUGGAAGUUUAUUCUUCCUUGAAGUGAAGCGCCGACUGGAGCUAAACAUCCCGCAGACCGAAGGCUAGGAGUUCCCCGCGGCUUUCCCAGUUUGGUUUUAUAACCUUCUUUCGGAUUUGGGCCCCCCCCCCCCCUCCCACUAGCCCUAUGUCAUGGCAAGUGGAGUCACCAAGACGAGCACUCCCAACGGUUACCCCAUGAAGGCUCAGCUACAAAUCGUCGUGCUCUCAGCAAAACUCAAAGAGAACAGGAAGAACUGGUUCGGUCCCAGUCCCUACGUUGAAGUGACCGUCGACGGCCAGUCCAAGAAGACAGAGAAGUGCAACAACACCCACAGCCCCAAAUGGAAGCAGCCGCUCACUGUGAUUGUGACUCCGUUCAGCAAGCUGGUGUUUCGCGUGUGGAGCCACCAGACCCUGAAGUCCGACGUGCUGCUCGGCAUGGCCACGCUGGACGUCAGUGACACGCUCAAGUCCAACGACAUGAAAAUCGCUGAGGUGGUGCAGACCUUACAGCUGUGUGCGGACAGAGACCAGUCGGACGUGGUGGGAGACCUCUCCGUCUGCCUGGAUGGCAUGACCGUCGACUCUGAGGCGUUCGCCGCGGCCGCGGCCGACCAUCACAGUACAUCAAAUGGGAAUUCACAACCCAACGGGGAUCCUGCUGUAAGGCGGAGUCGAGACAGCUCCCCGGCGGUGGACGGCGUAGAGCAGAGGUCUUCUCCCCCGGAGGUCGGUGGGCGAAGCAGCUCGGGGUCGCCCUCGGUGUCAUCGAGGCCUCUCCGGCCACCCAGGCCCUCCAGACCUCCACCUCCGACCCCACGCAGACCCGCCUCUUCGCCAGCGUCUUCCAGCAACAGCUCCGCGCCGGCUGACGGCAGCGAUGGCCAGUCGGGUUCUGACACACCGGUGCGAACGAGGGCCUCGGCAGCCCCGGAAUCGAGUCCAUCGGCAGGCUCCGACAGGACCUCCACGCCGCCCUCCGGGGCCGCGGCAAACAGACCGCCAGCGAGCAGACCGCCGCCCAGCAGCGCCCCCACGGCCACUGCGGCUCCCGCCGCCCCAGCUGCCCCAGCCGCCCCCGCCGCCCCAGCAGCUCCAAGGGUUCCUGCCGUCAACGCAGGGCCGCUGCCCCCCGGAUGGGAGCAGCGGGUGGAUCCGAACGGAAGGUUGUAUUUUGUCGAUCACGUGGAAAAGAGAACAUCGUGGGAGCGCCCUGAACCACUGCCCCCUGGCUGGGAGCGCCGCGUCGACCAGGUGGGGCGGGUCUACUUUGUUGAUCACAUGACGCGAACCACCACGUGGCAGCGCCCCACAAUGGAGACGGUGCGUAACUACGAGCAGUGGCAGCACCAGCGCAGCCAGCUACAGGGAGCCAUGCAGCAGUUCAACCAGAGGUUCAUAUUUGGGCAAGACCCGGUGUCUGCCACUCAGAAUAAGGAGUUUGAUCCUCUUGGGCCUCUGCCACUUGGAUGGGAGAAGAGAACGGACUCGACUGGAAGAGUUUAUUUUGUACAUCACCCAACGCGAGCAACACAGUGGGAGGACCCCCGAACGCAGGGUUUGCUGAAUGACAAGCCACUCCCAGAGGGCUGGGAGAUGAGGUUCACCGUGGACGGUAUUCCGUACUUUGUGGACCACAACAGGAGAGCGACCACCUACAUCGACCCUCGCACUGGGAAGUCCUCACUGGAAAACGGACCCCAGAUCACCUACGUUCGAGACUUCAAAGCCAAAGUACAGUACUUCAGAUUCUGGUGCCAGCAACUGGCAAUGCCUCAACACAUCAAGAUCACGGUAACCAGGAAAACCCUGUUUGAGGACUCCUUCCAGCAGAUAAUGAGCUUCAAUGCUCAAGACCUGCGAAGGAGGCUAUGGAUCAUCUUCCCAGGAGAAGAAGGUCUCGACUACGGAGGCGUUGCCAGGGAGUGGUUCUUCCUGUUGUCUCAUGAAGUUUUGAACCCCAUGUACUGCCUGUUUGAAUACGCCGGGAAAGAUAACUACUGUCUCCAGAUCAACCCUGCAUCCUACAUCAACCCCGACCACCUCAAGUACUUCAAGUUCAUAGGACGCUUCAUUGCCAUGGCUCUUUUCCACGGAAAGUUUAUCGACACUGGCUUCUCACUCCCAUUUUACAAGCGCAUCCUGAACAAGCCGCUGGCCCUCAAAGACCUGGAGUCAAUAGACCCUGAGUUCUACAACUCCCUCAUGUGGAUCAAGGACAACAACAUCGAGGAGUGUGGGCUGGAGCUGUUCUUCUCCGUUGAUAAAGAGAUCCUGGGAGAAGUGUCCACCCAUGAGCUGAAACCUGAUGGAGGAGAGCUCCAGGUCACCGAGGAGAACAAGGAGGAGUACAUCAGACUGGUAGCGGAGUGGAGGAUGUCCAGAGGAGUGGAGGAGCAGACACAGGCUUUCUUUGAAGGCUUCAACGAGGUCCUCCCUCAGCAGUACCUGCAGUACUUUGAUGCUAAAGAGCUUGAGGUGAUGCUGUGUGGGAUGCAGGAGAUCGACCUUGUAGACUGGCAGAGAAGCACCAUCUACAGACACUACGCUCGAAACAGCAAACAGAUUGUCUGGUUCUGGCAGUUCAUCAAGGAGAUGGACAAUGAGAAGAGGAUGAGGCUGCUGCAGUUUGUCACUGGUACCUGUCGUCUGCCCGUCGGAGGCUUUGCCGACCUUAUGGGAAGCAACGGCCCCCAGAAGUUCUGUAUUGAGAAGGUGGGAAAAGAAAACUGGCUCCCCAGAAGUCACACGUGCUUCAACAGACUGGACUUGCCGCCCUACAAGAGCUACGAGCAAAUGAAGGAGAAGCUGAUGUUUGCCAUAGAGGAGACCGAGGGCUUCGGACAGGAGUGAGCGGAACCAGCAGAGUUUUGGAAAGCGGGUACAGGAGCGCGAAAGAAGAAAGGCCACCAGUGCUCAACGGGAAGGGUCACGUUAGUGUCUUUGACCUGAUUUCCUUCUCAUGGAGUUACUCUGCAGGGAUUAUGGGAUUAAAAAAAACACAUUUUCGACCAUUCACCAUUCUCGCUCUAAGAUUUUAGAUUCAUCAUCUUUUUAGCAUCAUCCACAUCACCCCCCCCCUCCUCCUCCCUCAAAUCUCUUUCAUCGGCUUCUCUACUCUUGGCUGAAGAUGACUUUAUUUUUAUUCUUUGGUAAACAAUUGCUGCGCAGUAGUAAUUUACAGUGGGCCCCCCAAAUAAAUGCUUAAAUAACAGACAAUCUUGGAUAUAUACAAGAUAUUUGGGCAACAUGCCUGAUGUAUACAUAGAGAGACAAGCCCUUCUUCUGUUUCUGGAUCUGAAGUGUUUGAAAUGUGCAUCUCUCGUUGAUUUUCAAAGUAUAUUGUCUCCAUUAUUUAUAGUGGCGGGGACUUAAACAGACCCUAGUUUUAUAGGGACAGAGUUCAUAAACUGUGAUGGAACCAGACUUCUUGAAUUGGGGUAUUCUGGGAGUAAAGUUAUUCCUCUUUAUAUAAGCUUCAAAUACUCUUUCAUGGGUGGUCUUGUAAAAAAAAACAAGUAUUUUUAAGAUGUCUUCAGUGUAUUGAGUAGUUAAAAAGAAAAAGGAAACACCAAAAUGCAAUUCAAACCAAAAAAACACUUUAAAUACAUACUUUGCAGAACUCUCAAAGAAAUGGCAAGUAGCAAAUGUAGCAUUUAAAGGAAGGCGAUAGUUUAACCUGAUUUUUAACAACGAAACGAAUGAAGAAAAAUAACAUUUUUAGAAAGCCCUUUUUUAUACUCAAAGCAGCAGUGUUUAGGAUUUAGCAGCAUCUAGUGGUGAGGUUUGCAGACUCCCCUCUCGCCCCUUACUCCCCUGAAACGUGCAUUGUCAUAUGUAGAGCCUGUGAUUGGUGGUUCCCUCAUGGGCCGCUGAGGAUGUCCCUGAAUCCUACACACUGGACAUUUUUUAAAGGAAAGGUUUUGGAGUAUUUUCUCUCCAUGACCGUUCUCAAUCUCUUCUGAUUCAUUCAUUUCCUUUUUACAAAGAUUCUGCUUCAAAAUAAUGUCUGAAACGCAGUGAAAAUAUGCACAUGGCUAUCUUUUCAAUUUUGAGCAUGUGUUCAUGAUUCAAGAUUCAUCCUGAUGGAAGCCAAAAACACCCGCUGGCGUGGUUGCUCACUUUGAAGAAUCCUUUUAAGUUGGAUAAUUACACACCGAAGCGGUGUGUAAUUAUUACCGGUGUGGUUACUGAGGAACAUGCAGGAGUUGUUGACCUGACAAAGCACAGCACUUUAAAAACAACAACUAUCCCUCCACUGUCUUUUCCUCAGCUUGUGGGGCAACUAGUCCUAGUUGUUGGUAACUCUCGGCUCUUUGUUUUCCACAUGCGGGGUGACACUUUGGUCAUUAGCCCUCAGGUUGCCUUAUUUUCCUCCUCCUGACUAACCAUGAGAUUUUUGACCAUGUGGGCUUCAUGGUCAAAUAGAAUCCCGUGGACUCUGGUCCUGCUCAGUCCUUCUCGGCGCCGCUGUGGAGAAGUAAGACCAAGACGAGUUCGAUAAGUUGUUUUUAAGAAACUGCACCGCUGUGUGAAAGCUGAAAGACUUUAGCCGAUGACACGCGGCCUUUUUUGAUGGUUAAUUGUGACUUCAGCUUGGAAAGCAACUACUGAGACAACAUUAGUGUAACAUAAUGAAUGUAUCUUGAUUAAAAGUUCAUAGGUAAAGUUGCCUAUUUACCUUUUCCGAGGCGUAUUGUUUUAAUCUUUGUUCUGGGUCAAUCACAAAUUUAAACUCCCUGGAACAUAGAAGAAAUGUGUGAAUGUCAUAACUCACCGCUUGUUUCCCAGAAUACAAAUAAACCACUGUCACUCUCCUGUAUAUGAAAACAACUUGUAAAUGGUGUCAAUAACACAUUUUCUUUUGUAAAAGAAAGUUUUAAGAGGUUUAUGGUAACACUAUAUUUUCUUUUUCCUGUUUAAUGACUGAUGUACAUGAAAGAUAUGUAAUAUAGAAAUUGUCAUCUUAAUAAAUUAAAUCAAAACUGU